UGCCGGGGGGGCCGGGGCGCUGCCGCCGAGCCUCGCUCCCGGAGCCUUCGGUGGCGGCGGGGCCGGAACCCGGGCGGAGCGGGCGAGGCGGAAUCGCCGGUUCGAGGCGGAAUCGCCGGUUCGAGGUACGGCCGCGGUGGCAGCCGCAGCUGCUCUUGGCUCCUCGUGUUCCCGGAGCUGCCUGAAGGCUGCGCAGCUCCAGCGGGCGGCACGGGUCCAGCCCCGCAUCCUGCCCCGCAUCCUGGGGAUGGGGAUGCUCCCGGCUGGAGCACACCCGUCUGUGCCAAAUAAUGCGGUCUUGGCUUUGUCAUCCCUCUUGUCCUGUUGGAAAAUGAAUCCAUGGUUGAGCAUAUCGUAGUUUAAAUAUAUUUGUAUAUUUAAAUAAAUGCUAUUAUUUGGAAAGAUAGCUGUAAAAUUGGGUCUGACGUUUUUGGCUGAGUUACACAGCAUUGAAGUCAAGAGCGUAAUAAUUUUCUUCAUUUUUUUAGAACAACGUUUCAUUUCACCUUUUCUGGGAUGGAGAUUUCUUCUCAUCAGUUUCACCUCUUGCAGCAACUAAAUGAGCAGCGCAGGCAGGACUUGUUCUGUGACUGCAACAUCCUGGUGGAGGGCAAGGUGUUCAAAGCCCAUCGCAAUGUGCUGUUUGCCAGCAGUGGCUACUUCAAAAUGCUCCUUUCGCAGAGCUCGAAGGAGACGAGUCAGUCCACGACAGCCACUUUCCAGGCCUUUUCUCCUGACACCUUCACAGUUAUCCUAGAUUUUGUGUAUUCGGGCAAACUGUCCCUCACUGGUCAGAACGUGAUCGAAGUCAUGUCAGCUGCCAGCUAUCUGCAGAUGACCGAUGUGAUCAGCGUGUGUAAAACCUUCAUCAAGUCGUCGCUGGACAUCAGCGAGAAGGAGAAGGAUCGCUACUUCAGCCUGUCAGACAAAGACGUGAGUUCCAACGGCGUGGACCGAUCCUGUGUGUACAGCGGGGGGUGGAGGGCAGAGAGCAGCCCCCCACAUUCCCACUCGAGCCCAGACCCUGGGACUUGUAUGAUGGGCGGCAACGCUUGGAGCAAUUUCAACUAUUACCCCAGCUCUCAAAGAAAUGCCCAGCAGCAGCUGUCCAAACACGAGCAGCGGCAGGAUUCCAUCAAGAAAUCCCGGCACCUGGGGCUGCAGCAGCCCGCGGACGUCCCCCACUAUAAAUCCAGCAAGCUGGAGGACAGGGCUGCCGAGCCCGCCGGCCACGCCGCGCCGCCCGACGAGCAAGUUCACAUCGACGCGGAGGUGGAGGCUCCUCAUGUGGGCUUCCAGUUCGGCCAGGGGGCUGAGGUGAUGCCCAGGGGCUUGGCUGUGUCGCAGCAGGAGCACGAGUCACCCCGCUCCUCCAGUAAAUCCAAAUCCUCCAAAGCUGAGGAGCAGUACGGGAGCAUGCCCUCCAUCCUGGGAGUCAUGGGGAGCUGGGCUGAAGAUGACCUGGCCAGGAUGAGGUUCAAGUGUCCAUUCUGCAGCCACGUGGUGAAGAGAAAAGCUGACCUGAAGCGUCACCUUCGCUGUCACACGGGCGAGCGGCCGUACCCCUGCGAGGCGUGUGGGAAGAGAUUCAGCAGGCUGGAUCACCUCAGCAGCCAUUUUCGAACUAUCCACCAGGCGUGCAAGCCCAUCUGCAGGAAGUGCAAGCGCCACGUCACCGAGCUGACGGGCCAGGUGGUGCAGGAGGGCACCCGGCGCUACAGACUGUGCAACGAGUGCCUGGCCGAGGCUGGCAUCGACAGCAUCCGCAUUGACUUGGAGGCUGAGGCGCCCCUGGAGUUCCCGCAGGAUGGGGACAAAGAUUCCAGGUGGCACUACGGGGAGGACAACAGGUCUGAUGUGGAGAUCGUGGAGGACGGCUCGAGCGACUUGGUCAUUCAGCAAGUGGAUGACAGCGAGGAUGAAGCGGAGGAGAAGGAAGUGAAACCAAAUAUUAGGUAGUUGGAAGACAAGGAUUGGGAAUUCUGUGGAAGAGGGAGGAUGUACUGUGAGCAAAUGCCCUCUGCCAGCUGAUCCUACAGAGACAUGUGGUUGAACAGGUCCAGGCUUGCAUGUAUUUAUGGACACGUCAUUGAGGCCAUGCUGGUUUGUUAGCAGAACCCCCAUGUGUCGUUUGGUUAAAAAGAUCCAUCCUGAAAUUAGGGAUAAACAAGGAAACUGCAGGGUUACGUGGAUAAUUUUUACAGCAGGCAAUGGGGCACGUCUCAAAGCCUCUUGCAAGGAGGUUUGAAUACUUUUAAAAAGUUGCAGAUUAUUGUAAAUUGCCCAUUUUUUACACUUGGAGAGAGGUGGGGUUUUAUAUCACUGGGCUAUAAACAAAGUAUGAAAUUCCCCACACCAGAAAACCUCUCUUGAGUGUUCAGAAGUGAAGAGAAUCUUCCAUGAAAUUUUAUGACAUUUUCAUGUUAUGAUAAGGAAAACAACAGCUAAUUAAGAAAGAGCAUUUAAAAUGUUUUGGCACUUUUGUCUGGAAAAGGAUUUCUGUAAAAUUUAUUAGGAUAAGUCUUUAGUAGAUCAAAUGUUCAAGACUUACUUCUUUAAAAGAAAAUAAGCACAUAAAUGCUUAACACAUCAGAGACAAACUGAUUAAAAAUUCGGAUCAUUAAUUGAUGGCAGUAAAUGUUUGAGUCUCAAAAUUAGGAUCUCAGACUGGGCUGUUCUAAACUAUUAAAAUACUCUUUUUUUUAUAUUUGGAAACUUUUCAAAAGUGCCCAGACAUGAUGGGAUUGUUGGGGUGCAGGGCCAGGAGUUGCAUUUGGAUGAUCCUUGUGGGUCCCCUCCAGCUCAGGAUAUUGAAUUCUGUGCACCUUUUCCAGUCUGCACCACUGAGACCAAGAUGUACUGGAAGUUCUAGACACCAUAUUUGUGUCAUUUCACCCACAAACAGGCUACAGAGAUGAGUAAUGGUGAAGAAAUUUUAAUUCUUUAAGAAAUGAAGCUUGGUUUUGCUGCUUGGUGAGGUUCUCUUACCCAGCACUGUCAACAGGAGAGGAGGAGCAGGAGAUGCUCCUGGGGUCCUGCUGCUCUGCAUUCCUUGGACACACCUGAGUUUAUUCCAACUUUUGGGAUCAUGGAACUCAAUGGCUGUAGACUUAGAAAAUUAGAUCUAUUUUUUUUUCUUUUUUACAGCUUUGUAAGCAUGUUUGGCUGAACCCCAGGUUUCUUACACAACAAUCCCACAUACAUAUGUAUAUAUACUAUAUAACCUUUCCCAGGGACAGCUAAAAAGUCACUAUUUUAUUUUUAGUUGUGUAAAAAUUGUAUAACUUUCUUGUAUCAUCAUGACCAGAGAGUGCAGAAUUUUCAUUCCAGGCUGCAGGUGACCAACAAAUGACAACUGGAGAACUUCAUGCUAAAUUCAGUGUAAGCAUUAAGCACCCUCCUCUUCAUGGGAAGCAUCCCAAGGACACAAGAAGUGGUGUUUUAUUGUUCCUACAAAAGUUAUAAUUUAUUGGCUUAGGUUUGGGGUGGGGGUAACUUAAAAAUCUUCGUGAUUACCCAGAUGAAAACAUCUUAAACAAGACUUACACUUGAUUUUAUGGGACGUUUGGUCAGCAGCCCAAAAAUGGACUUGAUGUGAAAACAGACAUUUAAUUUCUUGGAGCUUUUAAACUCCUGAAAUGCCUGUUAUUAAAUGGCUUAGAAAUA